AUGCCCACGCAAGAAGCAAUGCUCACGCUCACGCAAGAAGCAAUGCAAGAAGCAAUGCAAGAAGCAAUGCUCACGCAAGAAGCAAUGCCCACGCAAGAAGAAAUGUUCAUGCAAGAAGCUAGUUCAAUGCCUACGCAAGUAGCUAGUAUAACAGCUACGCAAGAAGCG